CCUUUGACUCUCCUAGUAUUUCAAAUCUCCAAAAUCCACCUGAAGAUCAAAGGCGAAUAAUUUCCAAUUUUAGUCAUGCAGUGGUCAACUAAUAUUAGAGUUAAACAAGAAGCAACUCACGACAACCAUCGCCGCCACCUUCCUCCGCCAGGCCUCACCGCCGAGGAAGAGUUUUCCGUCAUGGUUGCAGCCUUAAAGAAUGUCAUAACAGGAAACACCACCGCAAUUCAUGCAAAUUCAGAGCUCAAUUCCUUUGGAUGUUUUCAAAAUGUUAUCUCCACGCCCUCGUUUUCAUCUUCGCCUUCUACGAGCAUGUCUAGUUUUGAACCUCCUCUCUUACGCGUUAUUGAUGAACCAGAGCCUUGCAAGUUCUGCGGGAUCAAAGGAUGUUUGGGCUGUGACUACUUCGGAGCCACAACUACAACUGAUAAUAAAAACAACAACAACAAGAAGACGAAGAAGAUUAGUGUUGUCAAGAAGAAGAAGAAAAAUAAUUACAGAGGAGUGAGACAGAGGCCAUGGGGAAAAUGGGCUGCUGAGAUUAGAGAUCCGAGGAAAGCUGCUAGAGUAUGGCUUGGAACAUUCCUUACCGAAGAAGAGGCUGCUAGAGCUUAUGAUAGAGCAGCCAUUGAGUUUAGGGGUCCAAGAGCUAAGCUUAAUUUCUCAUUUUCUGAUUACACACUAAUUCAAGAACAGAGUACUCCAUUUUCUUCCCCGCAGAACCAACAGCCAGAGUCACAGUUUGAGCAAGGAAAUGCUGAUGUGAAAAUGGGAAUGAGCAAAUUAGACAAUGAUUUCUGGGAUCAGUUAAUGGGUGAUAACGACAUUCAGCGUUGGUUGACAAUUAUGGAUUUCAGCGGCGGCUCUUCUGAUUUUGCUGGUGCGAAUGUUCUUAGCUUAUAAGUUUCAAUUUCUCUCUAGGAUAUUUGAAAAGAAGAUGUAUUAUGAUGGUUAGUACCAAGGCCUCUAUCAAUUGAGUGUAAUUAUGCAAUAGGCGCAACAUUAGAUUUUCAUUAGUUAUGCAAAAGAUAGGAAAAAAUAGUAUUAGUAAGCUCCUAUGCCCAUUUAUUUUAGUCAAAUAUGGGCCUUGUAACGGGGAAAUGCGUCAAUUUUACGAGGUAGUAGUUUCUGUACAUUUGUAUUAUAAACACCAUUGGUAUAUUUGUUGAAUAAAAUGCAAAAACACAAAGGUGUUUAUCUCAGAA